UGUCGUCUUCCUACCCAAUUUUUCUUGUUUUUAGCAAUUAUUUGUCAAUAUUUUUCUUGGCUCACUGCCUUUGGAGUUUAUCUUCUAUACUAGUACUAGUACUCCCUCCACUUCUCCUUCUUUGCAUGCACUCUGCUCAUUUUUCUUGAGCCUCAGAUCAAAGGGAGGGAAGUUGUGAAAAAACAAGUGCAGAGAUGGGUGAGAUCACAAAUGUAACCGAGUACCAGGCUAUUGCCAAGGAGAAACUGCCUAAAAUGGUGUACGAUUACUAUGCUUCGGGUGCAGAGGACCAAUGGACUCUUGCUGAGAACAGAAAUGCAUUUUCGAGGAUUCUGUUUAGGCCCCGGAUUCUGAUUGAUGUUAGCAAAAUCGACAUGACUACUACUGUGUUGGGCUUCAAGAUCUCUAUGCCAAUCAUGAUUGCCCCGACUGCUAUGCAGAAGAUGGCUCACCCUGAGGGAGAGUAUGCAACAGCUAGAGCUGCAUCUUCAGCUGGAACUAUCAUGACCCUAUCGUCAUGGGCCACUUCCAGCGUUGAGGAAGUAGCUUCCACAGGGCCUGGCAUUCGAUUCUUCCAGCUUUAUGUCUACAAGGACAGGAACGUUGUGGCUCAGCUUGUGAGGAGAGCUGAGAGGGCUGGUUUCAAGGCCAUUGCACUCACUGUCGACACCCCAAGAUUGGGACGCCGUGAAGCUGACAUCAAGAACAGAUUUGUUUUGCCACCUGGUUUGACACUGAAAAAUUUCGAGGGGUUGGACCUCGGGAAGAUGGAUGAAGCCAAUGACUCUGGACUUGCAUCCUACGUUGCUGGUCAAAUUGAUCGUACCUUGAGCUGGAAGGAUGUUAAGUGGCUGCAAUCAAUCACUUCAAUGCCCAUCUUGGUGAAGGGUGUGCUCACUGCAGAGGAUGCAAGGAUUGCUGUUCAGAGUGGAGCUGCAGGUAUCAUCGUCUCCAACCAUGGUGCUCGUCAGCUGGACUACGUGCCCUCUACCAUCAUGGCUUUGGAGGAGGUUGUGAAAGGUGCACAAGGCCGGGUUCCGGUGUUCUUGGAUGGAGGUGUCCGUCGUGGAACAGAUGUGUUCAAGGCGUUGGCACUCGGAGCUUCUGGCAUCUUUAUUGGGCGACCGGUGGUGUUCUCAUUGGCCGCUGACGGGGAGGCCGGCGUGAAGAAGGUGCUCCAGAUGUUGCGCGAUGAGUUUGAGCUGACCAUGGCGUUGAGUGGGUGCCGCACACUCAGUGAGAUCACGCGCAACCACAUUGUGACUGAGUGGGACGCCCCUCGGGGACUCCCGGCCCCCAGGUUAUAAGAUGCCCACAUCAAAACAUAGAUGUCCAAACCUAUAUAUCAUGUUUCAUAUUGUGAAAUAUGCUCUCAACUUCUUCAUUCUACUCAUUUGACAAGCUUUUGAAUGAUGAUGGAACACUUAUAUUCUUCAUAAAUGCCCAUUGCUUGUCACAUUGCAUGUCAAAUAUGAGACUGAAAUUUGAAUCGAAGUUAUGAGAUAUUUAUAAUAACUAAUCAUAUUUUGCUGUUA